UUCCAAGGUGCCCACUGAUAAUAUUCAGUGCCACUGAAUCAGUGGCAAAAGGCAAAGUAUUACUUAUAGUAGGACUGUACCGUCUAUUAUAGUGUAUGCUGUAUAAUGAUAGGCAGAUUACAGUACUACACAGUAUAGAUACCAAUGACAAUACCCAGUAUAAUUUAUUUUGUGGGAUACAGUUAUAUACACUAUACAGCAUACGUUCAAGUAGCAGCCGUUGCAGGUGCAUUUGUAAAUUUGUGAUAAGUUUGUGUUUUUGUGAAAUUAACUUAAUGGUCAUUCAUUUAAUUAUAUAUUUGUAUAAUUAUUUAAGCCCUUCAGCAAUCUAUAAUACUGUUCUAUUGAAACGACGCUCAAAUUUCUAUCUGAAUACAUUUCGCGGAUUUAAUGAUGGAUGAUACCAAAUUUCUUGGCCUGUCAGAAAUGCAGAAUUCUAAUGAAGAAAUGUUUGAUUUUAAUACGUGUGAUGACAGCUUAUCACCAUCACUGUUACAGCAACAGUUUGAUGGAGUCUUUAUAAAUCCAAAUGAUAUCAAUGAAUACUACUUUUCAAUGCCAAUGGAAAAUGGGAGGAUUGUGGAUUUAAAUCUUCCCCAGACGCCUGAAGAAGACCAAGAUAAUCGUGAAACAUGCACAGCUGGUUCUGUAAAAUCAUCACCAACUGGUAUUAUACCUUGCCAGGAUGAAUUUGGUGGUAGUAACAAUUUUGAAGUGAUGUUAGAUUCCAGUUGCCAAUCAUACCGUCAAAAAUGGAAUUAUUCAGUGACACUACAGAAACUUUUUAUUGACAUUAAUAAAGUACUUCUGUUAAAUUUUAAAUGUGAUUUUGACAAGAUUCCCAAUAAUACACACUUAUUUGUACGCGCUAUGCCUAUGUAUAGUUCAGCAGAUUAUUUAAAAGAACCUGUUGAACGUUGCUUACAACAUUUAUCACCAAUAGAUCAGUUUAACAAAGGUUUUACUCAUUUAGAACAUAUUAUACGUUGUGAUAAUGAAAGUACAACCUAUCAUAUAGAUGAAGUUAGUAAGCGUAAAAGUGUAGUUACACUUUUAUCUAGACCUGAACAUGGGUCAGAUAGCACUAGAUUAUCCUAUAGAUUUGUAUGCAAGACUUCUUGUAUUAGUGGAAUGCAACGUCGUCCUAUAAUUGUAAUAUUCACAUUAGAAGAUUACACUGGCCAAGUGCUUGGCCGACGUGUACUUCCAGUAAAAAUUUGUUCUUGUCCUAAAAGAGACAUGGUUCGUGAAGAAAAAGAUACUCAUUUAGAAAAAAAUAUGGUAUUUCGUCGAACAAAGAAGUGCAUUUCACAAGAAAUUAACCAUAAUAAAAAUCACCAUCAUCAUAGUGAUAGUGACCUUCCACCAUCUAAGAUUAUUAAAUUAGAAUCCUCAACAUCAACAGAAAAUAUAACUGAUACUACAUACGCAUUACCAAUAAAUUAUACAACCAAAACAAAGGAGCACUAUAAAAUAAUAUUAGAAGGUAUAUACUCUGUAAUUACUGGAGUGUCUUCUCUUCACAAUAUUACAGACACACAACCAUUACUUAAAGACUUAAAAUCUAGGUUGGACAACCUAAAAUAAUUUCUGUUUCUUUGUAAAUUUUGUUAUAUUAUAGACUUUAAUCAUUUUUUUUUACACCUCAUUGAUUUAUAUUGAUGAAUAAAUACCUAUGCUUUUUUUUUU